UUUUUUUUUUUUGACAAAGUCACAAUACUUCAUCAUACUUGACAAUGAAUUCUGAUGCUUCUGGUACAGUAUUAGGGUUUUCAGAUCCUCCUUAUGUUUCAGAGACAGCCUUAUUCUCUUACAAUCCUCUUGUCUACCUAUACUUCAUGUUGGCCUUCUUUUUUGUACCUUAUCCACUCUAUCGUUAUGUGGCUCAUCGUUACAACUGGGAACUGAACACUAAAACUGGAGCAAGACAUUGGAGUGACUGUAUGUUAGGUUGUAGUUAUGGUGUCAUUCUUUUUGUAUUUGGUAAUUAUUCUCAUUCAUUCUCUUGGAUCACCGUCGUGGCGUUUUAUCCUUCUUUGUUUGGUUAUGGUUGGAUCGCAGAACUACCUUUCACCAAGACUUCUCUUCCUAAUAUCCGAAACUGGCCUAUGGGGAUGUGGGUAGUCUUUUUGACAGCUUUAGCGAUCAUCUUGGCCUUUGCUGCAUUUCAUAUUUAUUUGGCUGCCACAUUGACCCUUCCUUUUGUCGUGUACUAUGUAUGUGCACUUUUGAUCCCGUCGUUUUUCCUUAUUCUGGCCAUUCUUUUGAUAAAGGAAGUAAAUAAUAAUUGGGUACGAAGUACUUAUCAUGGAUGGAUUGUCUCUCGUCGUCGUCGCCAUUCUAAGAAAACCGAAAAACAACCUCAACAACAACAACAACAAACUGAUGAAAAAACUCAAGAUGAUGAAGGAACUACCUCCUCACCCACUCCUCCCACGCAUGGCGACACAAAUCCUGAAAACUACUCAUCUGAUGAUUUAGAAGCAAAUCAACCAGUACCAAAUCCUUAUACCUCUCGUAUCUCUCUUCAUCUACAUCAUUGGCAAAUCUUUUAUGUCUUGGCCUUCUUUACAAGAUUUACUCAUCCUGUAUCACAAGUGGCUGCUGGUAUCGUUCUGGCUUGUUAUAUGGAAGGCAUUUGUGCAUAUGGCUAUGACCAGUUGGUCAAUGAUGAUUAGCACUACACAUAGUUAAUAAUAUAUGAUAUUUAGUUUAGUUAUCCAUUCCUAGUUUAUACCUCUCCCCUUUUAGUUCUUUUUAAUAAACAUUCUGUCCCUCCGCUGACUCUAUUCGACAUCAAAAA